GGGAUAUUUGCCACUACAUCACAGCAUUACAAUAGCUGUUGUAACCAGACAUUAAUGUCUUCGUUGUAAUGCCUCCAUUUAAAAGGCGCCUCGACCAUCUUAGUAAUUUUAUAGCUAAAGUAAAUGCUAAGGGAGUGUCUCGUUAAAACGCAGAUAAGCCGGAGCAGUCGCUUGCUAGCUAAAGCUAACGUUGUGUUUUGCAUUGUAAGAAAGACAUCUACUGCUGAAAGAGGGACGUCCUGAAAUGGAGAAGAACUAUCCAGUGUUGAAGAGACCAAAGAGGAAGCUCUGCUACUUGCCAAGCAUACAGAAUUCACGUAAAGAAAACUGGGGUCCUAAGCUGUCAUUGGGAGACGUGGACAGGAUGUUUGAUGACUUGGAUUGUGUCUCUGACGUUGACGCACCCCCUGUGUCUUCAAUGCUGGAGGAUUGCGAGGAAAGCCAGGAGUUGAUAAGUGCUUCACCAGUCGCACUGCGUCGAGCAUCAAGACCUGCCAAAUGUCAAACUCCUCCAAGAGAAGCUCAGUUAUCUCCAGCAACACAGUCACUGAGUCCCGAAUUGCACAUCCACCUUCCUUUGAAAGGACAUGGGCCGGUGAAAACUUCCAGCCCGAUAGAAGUGGGCAGGGAGGCUCCACAGACGGAGAGCAAUGAAGAGCUGUCGCCUAUCCUCUUUGACUGCCAAGAAGCAGAGGCGAGGACACAGCCUCCAUCCGGCAAGAAAGCGAACAAGGAUGUCACCGAGAAACAUCUCCACUCUGACUUUGAGUCCCCACCAAGUCUUGUUGUCCUCUGCAAGCACACAUCCAGUCUCAAGAACAGGAUGGCGGAACCACCUAAUUCUCCCUACCGGGAGCCCCAGGUGCCCUCUCCUGAGGAGUCGACGACAGCAAAGAUGUCUGGCCAAGUGAAAAAAGACAUGGCAACUUUUCUGCAAAAGCUUCGAGACGCUGGGCAGCCCAAAGCCACAGUAGGAGAGCAAAGGAAGAAAAAAACAAGCAUCAACAACCUCCAAACUUGCUUUUUCAGGGUCAGGAAGUCCCUGGCACCAAUCAAACCCCCUUCUGAGCCAGAGGACGAUUUCCUGAUUGUGGAGGAUGAAGUGCCCUUUCGAUUCUCCAUCCUGAGUAAAUCUACGACCACACCACAAAGGAGCAAGAGGUCCAGCAGUGACAAAGACAGCUCGACAGACAAAGGGUCAAAGGGCGGCUCGCCGGAGAGGACGCCAAAACAGCCGUCGGCAGAUGUGUCUCGCAGGAAGCCUCUCAAAGAUCCAACUGUUGGUCAGAAAGCGACAAAGAGGGAGAAAAAGAAGAACACAGCGGGGACUGGAGGUGACAAGGUUCCAAGUCCUGAUGACAUUCCAGCUGCUGAGCCGCUGCCUCGCGAUAUGUCGAGCAAAAAGAAAGCCCGUCCACGGGAGAAAGUGCUGCCUGACACUGCAGAGGAGCAACAGAAAGAGCCCGCGAGGAGACAAACGGAUGACGAGAAAGCCCAGACGUCAUCCGGAGUCAGGAGAUUGAAGUCUUCAAAGCCCAGCAGAGACAACCUCAAGACCAGCAGGCCAGCUGGAAAAGUGAAAGGGAUCCGCCAGAAGCCGAGCAGCAAAGAACGUGCAAACCUGGCUUCUCCUUCAGACCUCACGGAACUCAACAUAGACCCAGUCCAGGAUUUAGCAGCUGGAAAGCCAGAACAAAACAAACACUUGGGUUCUGGUGGGAGUUCCGAGGAGGAGGCUAAGGUGCUCGGGAAAAGGAAAAGAAAUCCACCUGGAGAGUGGUGGUUGAGCUGCCCUCAGAACACAGAGCAGCUGACGGACCAGCCACCCAGUGUCAAGAAGUCCAAACAAGGGGAACCCAGCACUGCCGUACCUUCACCUACAAAAGCAGACAAAGAGCGCCCGUUCAAAAGAACAAGCAAGGACUCCAAGAAGACCAACGGUGCAAAAGUCAAGCAGAAGAAACGACUCAGAGGAGACACCACAGACACCAUUGAAGUCAACCGAGAUGAAGCAGAGCAGAUGGACGCUCAGGAGCAGGAAGCAGCACAGCAGGAGCCUCUGUUGUCCAGCCCUUUGGAACUCAACCACAGAGACCAGAGCCACAACUCAGAGCACCAACAAUUCCAGCGAGUGUAUCAGCACCCUGGCAGGAAAAAAGUGUCCCACACUCCCGUCUCUCUCAGCCCCAGAGGAUCCUUGGAGCAGCUGAGUAGAGCACAAGCAAGCAAACGCAACAGGAAGCCACCAGGCGAGUGGUGGAAGGCCACCAGCACACCUGAAGACACAGAGUCUUCACAGCCCGAGCCUCUACGCCGAAUGUCCAAAAAGGCCCACGCUCGCAAGGAACGGAAAACGGGGUCCAAACAAAGAACUCCUGCAGCAGGGGGUGCUCUUGUAUCUCCGCUCACUAAGAGAGUGCUGUGGGUCCCAAAGAGCAUCAAAUCCUCAAUGGGCACUUUUAAGGACAUUUUCUCCUCACAUACGGAGAAUACCGUUGUACUCCGCAAUGGAGACACCGAUCAGAAUAAUGAAGUCCAAUCACCGGACCGUCGAACACCCAAAAACACCCACCAGGCAACAGUCGGCAUCGAUGUGGGCCAAGCUCACCAUGGCAGCCCACAGGACUAUCAGAACACAUUUAGCAUCCUCAGAAGCGGGCCGUCAUCCAUGAUUGAUCUGGAGAUGCACAAGGACACGGGCCCUUCAUUGUCCAGUCCCUUUCCCGCCGAGUUGUCCGUGUGCGACAUGUGUGCUCCUCCCCUCAAGCCUUUCGUCCUGCAGGCCAAGGACAAGGCCAACCUGACCAGGUGGCUGAGGAUUCUGUGGUCCACCACCCUGAAAAGUAAGAAGAGUAACACAGAUGCGUCUAAGUUCUCCCCUGACCACUUUGAUUGGUACACCCACCGCGGCAGAGUCAUGGGUGUGCUGGAGGACCUGCACUGUGGGAACAUCUCUCACGGAAAGAUGUUGCUGGGCUCCUUCAUGAGGAAACCCCUGUGGGUGGACCACAGCGCCACCACGAUUUUCAACCUGCAAACAAGCUCCAUCAAUGUCACCAUCAACUGCACGGAGUCAUGUGUCCAUGCGGGACAGUCCUUCAUGGUGCCAUGCGGCCAUGCUUACAGUAUCCAGAACCUGGUGGCGCAGCCUGUAAUGCUGUGCUUUACCAGGGUACUGGCAGAGAGUCCAGACUGACGUAUGCAUUUCUAAAGCUAUGUAGAACAAGCCAUGAUGUUAUUGUGCUUUUAUGUCUUACGCUGUGCUUGGAAUGACUUAGUUUCGUCAAAAUGCAAAUGGAAAAUAAAAUGUAAUGUUUUUUGUCACAUCAAGAUGUAUUUUUUUUAUUUUGUAUGUUUUAAAUAUAUUAAUAUUUGAUGGUAUGGUUUAUUUUUGUAAUUAUUUCAGACAUGCUUAAUCAUGUGGUUACAUUUGCACAAUUUUAGGAAGAAACAGCUUAAUUUAAUAGUAAAGGUUUUUUGUAACAUUAAGGAAAAAGAAGGAAUAAAAACCAAAAAAUGUAAGAGUAGGAAAAUAUGAAUACAUUUUUAAUGAUAAAUGGAAAAUAAGUUAGAAUAAGUGGAGACAUUAAAAUAACAAGUAAAGCAAAGACAUUUGUAACGGUUUUUAUUGCAUUUUGUCUGAACAAAUACUCCACUUGUGCCUGCCAAAAUGUUAUAUUCACAUGAGUUACACGUCAGCAUCAAAAUUGUAACACCUCUGUUUAAAAUAUUGAAACAGUGGCAGACUCGUACUCGUCCAACACACAUCUUGUCAGUCACUGUGUCCUCAUCAAACAUUUACUGACCUACUUCAUGAGGGCUGAUUUAUUUUUUAUCCACUUUGAAAGAGUCCAUGAUGUUCAGUCAACGCAUCAUACGUGUGUGAGCGUUGCCAUUCAUUUAUUUGUGGCUCCCCGCCACAGAUCUGGACCACAACAUGAAGAUUUUAUGCUGCCUGUUCGCUCUCUCAUAAACACAUUAUAAUGGGAUUGCCUGUGAAUAUAGUUUGUCCUUAGAUGGCAUCUUAACUGCUCCUUAACACAGCUUAUACACAUCUGGUCUGCUAGAGAAUAAGAACAUGUAGCAGGAGGGAGCUGUGCGUGUGUGUGUGUGUGUGUGUGUGUGUGUGUGUGUGCUGCAUAACUAAUAAUGCACGUAUUUACACUCGGACUGAUUUGAUCAUUUCUCCUGUGAAGCAGCAAAACAAUGAUAUCUUCUGUGUAUUCUCUGUCAGAAACAGCCUGCUCAUUCAGUCAUGUGCGCAUCGUGUGUAGUUGAGCCAAGCGUCAUUGCCUCGGGGGCAGGAUCCCCGCUCUGACCACCAUCUUUAAUUAUAAAGCACGUCUAUGAGCAAAUCCGCCACAUGAAGCACAACAUCUGUGCACUGACUAGACCAGAAAGAAGUUGAUGUUUUCUUUUCCACAGGAUAAGCUACAGCUACCUGUGUUUAGUUUGUACAGAUGCUAGCCCGUUGGUUUACUGUAACUGUAAAUAUUGUACCCCAUCAAGCCAAAUCGGCCUGACUUGGGAUGUUUACAUUGUGGAAAUAACACUGCGUCCAAAAAGACAAGACAGAAGGAAACAGGAAGACAUUCCCAAAAGGAGCGUUUACACAGACACUACACAUGUAACGACACAACGCGUAUUGCAUAUUGUAUUGCCAAACAACGCUAAUGUUAGCAACACUAAUGAGCAAGAUAAGCCCUAGCAUGUCUUAAAAUAGCAGUAGGAACUAACGUUCAUAUUUUCAUUAUUGCCUAAUGUGAUAAAUACAAAGGAGCUAAGCGUGAUAACACAUGACCAGAAACAACAUUAGCGAAAGUCAUGAUACUUUAUUGUAAAAUAAAUAUGAAGUCAUUUAAUAUCUAUGUAGCCAUCUCUUUCAGUUAUCGUACAUCCAUUUCUAGCAUCUAUCUAGCCAUUCAUUCAUCCACUCACCUGUCCGUCUCCAGCCAUCAUCCCAUCUACUGUAUUCAUCCAUCAUAUGUAUAUCAAUCCAUCCAUUCAUUUGUAUAAUCCAUCUAUCCAUCCAUCACUAUCAUCCAUUCACCACAUCUAUCUAUCCAUUCAUCAUACAUAUGUAUAUCAGUCCAUCCAUCUCUAUCAUCUAUCCAUCCAUCAAUCCAUCGCUAUCAUCAUUCACCAAUCCAUCCAUCUUUAUCAUCCAUCCAUGUCUGUCAACCAUUCAUGCAUUUCUAUCAUCCAUCUCUAUCCAUCCAUUCGUCUCUAUCCGUCCUUCAUCCAUCUUUAUGCAUACAUCUACCAUCAAUCUGUAUGUCCAUAUACCUCUAUCCAUCCAUCCAUCUACUCCUUAAUGCGGGGGUGUCCAAACAUUUCCCACCGAGGGCUGCAACCUGAAAAAAGUCAAAGCACCUUUUUGAUAUUUUCUAUAUUGUAAACAAUGCUGAAACCAAUGAAAUAUACUAACAAAUUAUUGUUAUUUAAUUAUUUAAAGAAAAAAAUGCCUGCAUGUAUGUUCUGUCUCCCUAUAUUGCACCUUUUCACUCCCCCCCAUUUUUAUUGUUGUCUUUGUAAAUAUUUUUAGCAAAUAUUCCGCAGCCAAUAAAAACUGAGCUGUGGACCGCACAGCCCUGCCUUAAUUGCAGCGACUCAUGGCAACGAUAAGUUCAUGCUGUCGUCAUUGUUUGCAGCGGUUGACACCAUCAAGGUGUCAUGAAAGUUGUUGUUAUGCGGUGACAUUAUUGCUGCUCAAGCCACCUGUGAGUGUGUGAGAUCAACAAGUGUCAAUAAAAAAUUCCCAAGUGGAUGUCAUUAGCUUUUAAAAGCUGUUUUGCAAUGCAAGAGAAAUGAAUGGAGGCCCAUUCUUUUAAAGGAGCUUUACAAACGUCUGCGAGUGUGAAUGAGCGCGGCCUGUCAAUGAGCCAACGAGGAAAUAAGCUGCGCUGCUUUGCAUGCCACACAAUCAUUCCGCCACACAAACACUCGUUAGUCUCUCUUCAGUCUCCACACACAAUUCAAACCCCCAAUUGCAUUUCCUUCCUCCCGUCAGCUUUUAUUAAUAUUUGUUAAGAAUAAAGUACCGCUUGUGACGUGUGUCAUUUGUUUUAACCAAAGUGGUACCAACAUACUUAUUGUGUAAAUGUCUCAAAGUCUCUAUAAUGGCCACUUCAUUAGUUCCAAUACAACAAUGUGUUCUGUGCGUUUAUGACUCUUUGAAAUGUUCCCAUGUAGUGAGUAAGGAAAAGGUGCAUCUAUAGUUUCACUUCCCCAUACUGGGCAAAAGUAUUGUUUUAUUGACACACAGCAAUCAAAUCCACCAUUAGCAUCAUUGCGACAUAGUAAUACUUGUAGUAGGACACACACUACUGUAGGUUAGCUCGUCACUGCGCUGCUGAUUGACUUUGUACCUUCAGGGGGAGCCCUUGAGUUCACUCUUGACAACUUCCAAACUGUGCAACAUGACUCCACUCAUACGUUAUUGAUGACUUUUGAAAGUCACACUGUAAAGAAAUAAGUCAUUUCUAACGGAUGUAAAGUUCUAAUAUUAAUAGAUUUUUUUCUUCAAUUAAGUCAUAAUUUUUGAAGGAUAGAGUGAUGGGGGUGGGACGUUUUCAAAAAACGUGAAAUUGUACUGGAAUUACACUAAGUCGUAACAAAGUCGUAAUCUCACCAGAAUAAGUUGUACCAAAGACAGAAGUUGUAAUUU